GCCGAUGCCUGUCACAUGACCUCGGUACGGCCGCAGCUGUUGCAGUACCGAGGGAGCGCGCGCGCCACCGCAUCCCUGCCGCUUCGACGCAGCCGCAGGGUCGGGACAUGCAAACGCACCCGCGUCGUGGCAAAGAGCCGCGCGCUACGAGCAUUCCGACACAAGAGGCGAAAGCGCGUCCACGGGACAGCGAUUAGAACCGACUCCUCCUGCCGAAACAUGGUGGCCAGUUCAAGGCGAGAGGAGCCAGAUUUUCUGUAACUGCAUCUACGAGGAAUUUUGGGUACAGCUUCGGCCAAGUGGUCAAACGUCAUGCGACAAGAGAGCGGCGGCGGCGGCGGCGGUCGUGCGGUCAAUGGUGGCCCUCGACUCCGAGACGCCGGCGACAAGGCGACUCCGUCGGGUGGCGAGGCUUCGUCAGAGGAGCCUCACCUUCCGCACGGUCCGCUGUGGUCCGGGCACCGCACUUUCCUGAGCAUUUACCGAGAUGACGACGGCAAGCUGUUCGCGCACCGCGACUCCUCCUUCAACUGCAACACCGGCGACGACAACGGCAUUGCUUGGCUCUGGAUGGUGGUUUGGUGCAACUGCUUCAUCAUCAUGGGCCUCUCCCUGCAGGGAUUCAGCCUCCAAUCAUUGGCGACACGUCACGGACUUGACUACUUCGACACUGGCUCCCUGUUCAGUGCAACUAAAGCCACAGCCAUUGUUGGGUCCUUACUGUCUCACAGCCUGAUGUCUGUCAUCUAUCCGAGCCACAUGAUGGUUUUUGGAGUAGUAUUGAAAGCACUGGCUGUAGCUGCGCUUGGAGCCCUACAUUGGCUUCCCGUGAACGAGACUGUAUUCAUGGCGCUGGGCGCGACGGUCAAGUCCAUCGGUGGUGUGGGGCUCUCCCUGUACUUCACGGCCACGUACAGUCUGCUCUUCUACAAACAUCAGAGCUCGUACAUCGUUCCGCUGAUCUUAUCGGAGGUCGCAGUCGGCAUUGGCGGUUUGCUUGGACCAAUACUGGGUUUUGAACUUAUCGAGGUGUGGAUGUACCCGCUUCCCUACUUCGCCGUCGGCGGCUGCAUGCUGCUCGGCAUCCUCAUCGCGGUCGCCCUGCCCCUGGACUCAUGCGUUCCUCUGGAGAAAACGCUCAAGCUGAGCACUUGCAGCGCCGUAGCCUUCCUUGCCGAUGCCCGAGUUCUGGUCGACCUUGUCACGCUGGCCCUGGGAGGCAUCACCAUGGCUCACUUCGACACCACGCUCAUCGCUCACCUCACUUCCGUGAACGUAAGUGACCCUCACGCUGACUACUCAUUCGCCGUCGUUUUCGGAGCUUACGCCAUCGGAGCCAUUAUCUUCGGCGUCGUCACGGCGAAAUUUGAAGCUGACGCCCUUGUCAUUUUCGUUGCCCAACUGGUUUCCUGCGCGGCGUUCCUCUUCGUCGGCCCUGUACAGUUCAUCCCGAUUCCUACAAAGCUUUGGCUUACACGCCUUGGCGUAGGCCUUGCUGGUUUCGCUGCUGCUGGUCAAUUUCUGCCCGUAAUGGCCAGAGUUGUUCAUAGCGCGACGUGGCGCAACCAAUCCAGUGAUUUAUGGACUAUCACGGCAGCGGUCGCUGUUUCAUACGCGGCCAGCCAACUUGGGGGUCUUGCAGCGUCAUUGUUUUCUGCUUACGUUGCCGAUGUCAGUGGCCCUGCGGCUGCCUGCACCGUUUUGUUUAUUAUACAGGCGUCCUGGGCCGUGGCUCGAUUCCUGGUCUGGAUAACGGAAUGCGCAAUGCACGCUCACGCAAGUCGCGUCUCCUGAAGCACAUCUUCGCUUGCAGGCUACGAGGCACAUCUUCAUCCAAUAACCAUCAUUAUCAUUACACAUAUAUAUCUGUAUACCGUCAUCGUCGUUUCAUCGUUCUUUAUUGUGCUCGCAAAAACCUUGCGAAAUAAGCUUGUCAAUAAAGUUUGAAAAAUUCCAA